AUGAAACUUUUGGUUGCUUCCUUCUUUGCCCUCUGGGCUGUGGGGAAUGCUGCACCGAGCAGCGUCUCCAAUCCCAAGGUCCAUGUCCGAAAUGGUACCUACAUUGGGGUGAGAAAUGCGAAUUAUCAGCAAGAUUUCUUUUUAGGCAUGCCGUAUGCCCAGCAGCCUGUGGGAAAUUUGCGAUUCAAAGUUCCCCAAUCUUUGAAUGAGAGCUGGGACGGGGAGCGCGAUGCAAAGGAGUACUCGGAUAUCUGUGUUGGAUACGGUUCAGACUCCAUCUGGUAUCCGAUGUCUGAAGCUUGUCUCACCCUAAACGUCGUCCGCGGUUCGUCGGUCAAUGAGAACUCGAAGCUGCCUGUUGGUGUCUGGAUUCACGGGGGUGGGUUCUACAUGGGUUCAGGCUCUGACCAGCGCUACAACAUGUCUGCUAUCGUGGCAAACUCGUAUGAGAUUGGCAAACCCUUCAUCGCCGUUUCGCUCAACUACCGUCUCUCUGCAUGGGGCUUCUUGAGUUCUCAGGAGGUCGUUGACAGUGGGAACACUAAUAUCGGGCUCAGAGACCAAAGACUGGCGCUUCAAUGGAUCCAAGAGAAUAUUGCGGCGUUCGGAGGUGACCCGACCAAAGUUACCAUCUGGGGGGAGUCCGCCGGAGGAAUGUCUGUUGGCUAUCAUCUCACAGCAUACAACGGCAGAGACGAUGGUCUCUUCCGCGGAGCUAUUAUGGAAUCUGGUGGUUCAAUAUCCGUUAGUCCAGCCAGCUACACAGUGUUCCAAGGCUUUUACGACGAUCUUGUAUCGAAAGUCCAGUGCUCGGACGCUAAAGAUACGCUGCAAUGUCUGCGUGAAGUGCCCUUUGAGACGUUGAAUGCUGCUCUCAACGGUACUGGCGGCUCGCCCAACUAUAGGUUUGCACCCGUGGUUGACGGGGAUUUCAUCCCGAAUCGCGGCAGUGUCCUCUUGAAGGAACACAAAUAUGUCAAAGUCCCCAUCAUUGCUGGUACGAACACAGACGAGGGGACAGCGUUUGGUCCCUUUGGGAUCAAUACCACGGAGCAAUUCUACGAGUACCUCACAGAUGCCAAAUAUGGAGGGUCAAUCAAGCUCCCAAAUCCAGUAGCAAAGCAAAUCCUACGGCUCUAUCCCGACGACCCGUCCCAAGGUAUCCCUGAGUAUCUCGGCUCUAAACGUGUGCCAUCAAUGGGCUACGAAUGGCGACGUACAUCCGCCUACGCAGGCGAUGUGAUGAUGCACACCAUCCGCCGCCGACAAUGCGAAGCGUGGGCAGAGACAUCAACGCCGGCGUACUGCUACCGAUUCAAUGUCCACGCAGCGGACGUUCCUCUAAUCAUGGGAGCCACCCACUUUGAGGAGGUGGCGUUUGUUUUCUACAACAUUGAGGGACUUGGCUAUCAUAGUGGUAAACCGUUUGCCGGCACGCCUGAGUCGUACAAGCAGCUCAGCAAGCUGAUGACGAGUAUGUGGGCUUCAUUCAUCCACGACUUGGAUCCAAACUCGGGCAUCCAGAACUCGCCGGUGCACUGGGAUCCGUACGGCAGAGGAAAGCCAGUCGACUUGCUCUUCGAUGCCAAUGUUACGAGCCACAUGGAGCCCGACACAUGGCGGAAGAACGGGAUUGACUAUAUCAAUUCCCAGGCUGAUGUGUAUGGGCGAUGA